UUGGCCAACUCAGUUGCCGUUUAGAAGCCGUCGCGUGCAGAUCGCAAAUAGCCAGCAAAAGAGAUACCUUCCCUACAAUAUCUAUAAGAAAGCUGAAGAUCGAAUUCGCAAGAGCGUUAAACCGAAAACUGGUAGCGGUAGUACCAAUAUUUGUUUGUGGGGAGUAAAAAGAAAUGGGGAAGUGAAGUGGUUGAUCGUGAAGUGAAGAUGUGAAGAGCUAUAGAUGUGAAUAUUUCAUAGACAUCGGAGCUCCGUCAAAGAAAAAGCAGCAGAAACCAAAAAUCAAACAAUAGAUUGUUUUUGUCGCUGCUGAAAACGAGAAUGAAUCAAUAAACCUAUAAAAACUAACUGUAAACUUGAAAAGUGGCACAGCAUCUGCAAAAAAAAAGUAAAUCAACAAAACAGAUAGACGUUUUCAAUUUAAAUAUGAUUAGUCAUUGGAAAGGGUGUCUACUGUGGUUGCUGAUAGCCCUCAGUGGCUGCCAGCUAAUUGCCCCCCAGCAGCUGCAGGGUCCUCCUCGUCCCAGGGGGCGUAUACGUAUUGCGGAUAUGCAAAAUCCCGCCUCAGUCGGCGGGGCACCUGUUCCGGCCUUGGGAAACUGGCCAAAUGUGCCGGCUGAAGGUCCCAUCAGCUCCACUGUGCACACCCACAUUCCACUGUGGCGCGAGGAGAGCUCCCCCCUGCCGGCCACGCUCAGUCAGGAGGCGGUGGUGUACGGCAACUGGAAGCCAGAGCAUCCGGAGAAGCCCGAGAAGGUGGACACGAAAAACGAGUCGGAUCCGCAGCCCAGGGAGCGGGUCUACGGACGCUUGGAAGCCAUGCUCAUGGGAUUGCCGGCAGAUGCUAUUGAUGCCAAGCCCUCAAGUUCCAGCGAAGAGCAACCCGCUCCUAUUCCGCCUGGUAGAUAUCAGAAUCCUGCCUAUUCCCGACCAGUCAGCCGUGAAAGUUCGGCAGAGAAAUAUGGUCGCCGACGCAUCAGUACUCAGCAGGCGCCACAACAAUUCGAGUUGGCCAAGGUUAACGAUUCGGAACCAAUAUUGAAGGCAAUUUCUAAGCAGUUCAACGAGACCGUGGAGACGACGACUACGGACAAUCGAAGUAAUUCCAAGAAUUCCGCGAACGAUAACUGGUUGCCCCUGCCGUAUCCCUAUCCCUACGAUACCACAAUGCCUGCUCCACCUGCAACGAGCUCUAUGGUUCCAGGAUUUAUGCAAUCCUCGGUGGUGCAUCCACCGGCCCCCACACAGGCCACUCGCUCAACUGCGGGUCUACUGAAUUGGCCCACUGAUUUCAUCGACAGCACCUCCCUUACGGCGAGCACCGAAAAGAUAGAUGGGAACCUGCAGGGGAGCAUUGACCGGCGCGAUGAGAGCGUCUCUGAUCCGGCGGACGAGUACAAGUACUUCGAGGACUCUCUGAACUCCGCCCAGAUGCACAGCGAACUGAGUGUUCCAGAGACCAUGCCGCUGAACAUUACCCGGGUGGGCAUCCCGUACGAAGAUCGAAAUGCCUCUGAGGAGCCGACCAUAUGUGUGCCUCUCACCGUCUCGGAAACUUCGCUUUCCUCCGACAGCAUUGUGCCCCAGGUGGUGGAGGUCGAAAGGGUUUACUGCUUUCCCCUUCCGAAGGUGGAGAUACGUCCUGGUCAUGCCCGUCCGCAGGUGGAACAGGUGACGAGGGAGCAGGAGAUACCAGAAGCAGAAAUGGAUAUGCAGCCAACGGAACCGACUAUACCGAGUGAUUCCGGCACCGCAUCCGGAUCCCCGCGUAGAUCCCUUGACUCACUCGCGGUGCUCCUCGUCAUAGCUUGCAGCUUUUGGCCACAAAUUAGUAUUUAGAUUUAGUAUCACUUGACCUUAACACAACUCAGGGGCUAUUCGCUAAUUACACUUAUUUAAAAAUUAAACCUAAGCCUACACAUAAAAUU